CUUCUAGGAUGACGCACUACAAAACCAGAGGGGAACAAGAGGUCACCGAGCCCACUUGCACCUCCUUCCUCUCCUGCGGGGGCUAAAAAGAGAGCAAGGAGGAAACACCAGCAGCUCCGACCUGGGCAGCCUUCCUGGGAAGAUGCAGCCACUCCUGUUCCUGCUCCUGUUGGCCUUUUCACUGCCCCCCAGGGCAAAGGCUGGGGAGAUCAUCGGGGGCCAUGAGGUCAAGCCCCACUCCCGCCCCUACAUGGCAUUUCUUCAGAUCUGGGACCAGGAUGAUCAAAAACGGUGCGGUGGGUUCCUGAUUCGACAGGACUUUGUGCUGACAGCCGCUCACUGCUGGGGAAGCUCAGUCAACGUCACCCUGGGGGCCCACAACAUCAAGGAUCGGGAGAGGACCCAGCAGGUCAUCCCGGUGAGAAGAGCCAUCCCCCACCCAGGCUAUAAUGAAAAGAACUACUCCAAUGACAUCAUGUUACUAAAGGGGGACUCCGGGGGCCCUCUGGUGUGUAACAAUGUGGCCCAGGGCAUUGUCUCCUAUGGACAAAAAAAUGGGUCACCUCCACGGGCCUGCACCAAAGUCUCAAGUUUCCUGCCCUGGAUAAAGAAAACCAUGAAAAGCCUCUGACUGCGGAACCAGACCUUCUUCCCUGGAGCUGAUCCAGAAUUACUGGGGGGCUGGGGGUAUCAGCAGCCGAAUAAAUGUCUCUCAGCUGAGCGGGAAGGGCUGGCUUCUCGUUUACUCACUGACCCUUCUUCAUAGGCACCCACUCUAUGUUUCGAAAGCCAACGACCAAAUUUUGCAGUUUUCUGCUUCCACCUCUUCCCCCUCCCACCAUCUCUUCCCAUAAACCCCAUGCAAAGCUGUUACCAGGUCCUGCAUACCCACACCUGUCUUUCAGGGCCUGCCCUCCUUCCAGGGCUGCCGCUGAGCACCGUCAGGAGAAAACAUGAACCUCUCUGGUCCUGGGGCUUAGGGUGAGCUUCUUGGCUCCUGGCCCUGUGUUACAUGGCGGAGAGGAGGGGAUCACACCGUGGGUCCUGGACACAAAGCAGGCGCAGCCUGGGGCUGCAGCUCCGGGACAGAGCCCCACCACUGGGGAGGGGAGGCGCCUUCCUGAGCAGACGUUUCUCUCCCACAUCCAGGGAGGCCGGCGCAGAGCAGGGGUGGGUCUCGUGAAAAGCUCCUCAUUCUCACCUAGGCUGAGUGUCCUCCCAGCCUUCCUCGGAGCUCACGGACCAGCUCUGCCUCCAGUCCCCAGGCUGCCUCUUGUCCAUCCCUGCUCACCACCAUGAGUUCUCAGAGUCCACCGACUCCUGUCCCCUCCAGACCACACUGAUCUGAGCUGACCCCUUCCUCAUAGCCUUCCCACCCAGGACACCCUGAGCACCCUAGGGUUCCAGCAGGGCAUCACCACUGAGAUGCCAACCCAGCUCAGGCCCUGGCAGAGAGGGGUAUCAGAGGGACCAGGCCUGUGCUGGCACCGGGCAGGGCCCAUGAGGGAUGUCUCUCCAGAACCCUUGGCCCCAUCUCUCUCCUGGUCAGGGCCAGCUCAGUUCCCACAUGCAGCCCAAUGCCCGCCAUGUGUUCAGGGUCCACUGGCCACGUGGUCACUCAGUAGCCUGAGUCCCUUUCAGCCUGUCCCUCCUUUAGUCACUGCUGGCCUCUAGGCCGAGAUUCCCUGCCGGUCACCUGGGACCUUUUGAGUUAGAAAGGACUCCUGUCUUUAGCAGGACUGAAAAGCACAAUGUUUUUCACCAAUCAACACACGCACUGAUUGAGCACCUACUAAGUGCCAGACAUUGGGGUUGUACGGUGGACAUAAGAUAGGUGUAACAGUGAGGAGCCAAAUCUGACUACAUGUUGCAUCUGUUUCUUUUACUUUAACCUUUGCUUUCCGUUGCUUUUGUUCACUAAAAGGAUACUGUCUAUACACAAUGGCCUGCCUCAGGGAACCCUGUCUCUCUGCCUGAAUGUUAAACGAAAGUGCCUUUGUUCAGGGAAACAUCCU